UGUUUACGAGAACAGCGUAAAAACACAUCAGUAUGUCGAAAUCACCUCAUCAGUGGCUUUAAGAAGAAAAUGACUUUCAACGAAAAAUGGUUCCGACAAAAUGGCAACCGGAAGGAGUCCUCGCAGCAAAACCCAUUUGGCUGACAACCUACAAGAUCACGAAUUCGUUAAACUACUACUACUACUACUACUACUACAUGUAAGAUCCUAUGAAUGUGCCGACAGGGUGAAGCUCUCCGAAUACUUGUGGUCGGCGACCACUAAAGACCAGACGGCCGCUUUAGAGUCCGGAUUUGUACAGGGAAUAAAGAACGGCACCCUAAAUCCGGAAGCAUUUGGCGGUUACAUGGUUCAAGACGCAGUGUACUGCUACAUGGCUAACAAAAGCCUCGACACCGCCGCCAAGAGAACAACCAAUGAUCCCAUUCUGAAGAAGUUUUUUGAAGACACAUCCUAUUUAUACGAAAUCUAUUAUCAGAGUCUGUUUGACACGUGGUUCAUUGAAGACCCAGCUGGUAUCAAGUUAGGCCCAGAAUGCACCAAGUACGUGAAUCAUCUUCAUGACGUGGCUACGCGCAUGGAUUCCAUAUAUCUCGUGGUAGCUCUGACACCGUGUGCAAAGCUGUGGCCUUGGCUUGGAGAACAAAUUAAAGGGGGUUCAUUUGGUGUCUACGAAGCAUGGGCCAAUGCAAAUUUCGUCGCCGGUGAUACCGCUUUUAAAGAGUAUGAAAAAUUGAUAGACGCCGCCGAUCAAGCUGGCGCGAUUUCCAGGAAAUCAGCUCUCGAAGUGUACAGCAAAAGUAUGAAGGGGGAAGCCGAAUUUUUCGGGUCAAUCAAAGUCAAUUAAGGAGAGACGCAAGAGACCAGAUUGCGGCGAGUGGAUCCUGACUCUACUGGCUCAUCGAGGUCAUUAAAUGGAGACUGCUGAAUGAAGAGAACACAGUUUUGUCAUAUAUAAACAUUAAAGUUUAAAAAAGAUAAUACAAAGAACAUAAAUAUUGAAAGUGAUUAUUGAAGAAAUAAUAUAAAUCAAGGAUGAAAUUAACAGGUCUUUAAUAAAAAUUCAUAAUCUCGCAUGCUUAAUGUAUAUCUUUUUAUAUAUAUGAAAUCGUUUAAUCAUGACGUGUUAAAUGAUAAAAUGAAAUAAAAAUUAGACCCUUGCAGAAAAAUACAAUACACAUCUCAAUCACUUUAUGUAGGAAUGGGUAGAUAUCGAGUAACAUUUAUCCUUAAUGUGGAUGCAAAAUUUAUAGCAUCAUGUAAGAAAAUGCAAACAUAGUAAAGUACAGCAUUUAACCUAUUGUAAGAAUGUAUAUUAAUUUUAAGUUAUAAAUAUAGCAUAAUUGUACAUUUCAAUGCGCAUAACAUUUAGUGAAAAUUGAGUGCUUCAAGUAUCAACUUCCAUAUCUUGAUCCCGUCGCUUUAUGUUUUUGAAUUUAAAGACUUUGUAUGUUUCUGCAUGCUAUGUCCUACUAUAUGAUAAGUUUGAAUAUAGUUUUCCGUAAUUUGGACGAAUUCAGAACAUUUCAAUAAGAAGUGGAAGUCAUUUUUAUUACAGUCACAUUCUUGAAAAAGCGCAAGUUUCGUUCUAUUUAAUGAUAUAUUUCAGUCUGUAUUCUUAGG